AUGAGUUUAUUAUUGAACUUUUUGGUGUUGGUUUGUUGUUUUUCAUCUCUUCAUGGUGCAGAAAAAAAGAACCAGUUGGAUUGGUGGCAGACCGAAGUAAUUUACCAAAUUUAUCCGAGAUCGUUCAAAGAUGGAAAUGCAGAUGGAACCGGUGACCUGAAAGGAAUUAUUCAAAAAUUACCAUACUUGAAGAAACUAGGCGUAGGAUGUCUUUGGUUAUCUCCUGUUCUCAAAUCUCCAAUGGCUGAUUUUGGAUACGAUGUGUCUAAUUUUAGAGAAAUUGAUCCCAUUUUCGGAACCAUGGACGACUUCGAUCGUUUUCUUCACAAAGCUCACGCAAUGGGUUUUAAAGUGAUAAUGGAUUACGUACCUAAUCAUACGAGUGAUGAGCACGAAUGGUUCACAAAAUCUGUUCAAAGAAUUCCUCCUUAUACCGACUACUAUGUUUGGAAAGACGCGAAAUAUAUCAGAGGAAAACGUCAUCCACCUAAUAACUGGAUUUCACGUUUUGGAAAAUCAGCUUGGGAAUGGAAUGAAGAAAGAGGGCAGUAUUAUUUACAUCAGUUCACCGUCAAACAACCUGAUAUUAAUUACAGAAAUCCAGUAGUUUUUGAAGAAAUGAAGAAUAAUAUCAUAUUUUGGCUCUCCAAAGGCAUCGAUGGUUUGAGAGUCGACUCGGUAAACUUCUUAGUCGAAGAUGAACGACUUUUAGACGAGCCACUGUCAAAUGAUCCUUUCGCAUUGUCCGAUGAAUACGAAUAUUUGAAUCAUAUCUAUACUCUAGAUCAACCCGGUGGUGUUAAAAUAGUCAAAGAAUGGAGGAAGAUUUUCGACAAAUAUUCUACGAAAGAACAUCCCAAAGUGAUGUUAACCGAAGCCUAUUCUAAUGCCAAACACAUGGCAUCAUAUUACGGAUCAGAUGCGGAACCUGGGGCGCAAUUACCCUUUAAUUUUCUCUUAAUUACUCACGUCAAUAGAGAAUCGAACGCGUAUGAUUUUCGAGAUACUAUUCUAAGUUGGUAUACAAAUUCUCCUCCAGGAUCUUGGGCUAACUGGGUGAUUGGUAACCAUGACAAUCCCAGACCAGCGACUCGUUUCGGUCAUUUCUUAGUAGAUGGACUCCACAUGUUGCAAAUGUUGUUACCUGGAACGGCUGUGGUUUACUAUGGAGAUGAACUUGGCAUGGAAGAUGCUCUCAUACGAUGGGAUGAAACUAAAGAUCCAAAAGCUAUCAAUGCCGGCAAAUUACGUUAUCAUUUGGCAUCCAGAGAUGGCUGUAGAACUCCUAUGCAGUGGGAUGAUACCAUUAAUGCUGGUUUCACGACUGUCUUGAAACCCUGGUUACCAGUUAAUCCGGGAUAUUUUAAAGUCAAUAUUAAAAAUGAAUUGUUGUGGCAUCCUUAUGGUAAUAUUACUCAUCUCAAUAUAUUCAGAGAUCUAGUCAAACUUCGAAGAAACAUCGUCUUUCAAAGAGGUGAUAUGGAUAUCUAUGUUCUGUCAGAAUGGGUUCUUGCCUUAGUUAGAUCGUAUCCAGAUCACGCAACUUUCGUUGUAGUUGUAAAUUUGGGAAGUGAAAUUACUAUUUCUAAUUUAAUAGAUUUUCGUCCAUCUUUACCAGAAUACAUGUCAGUUGCAGUGCCCAGUGUAAAUUCUAAUCAUAAGCACGGAGAAAUUAUUUCAACGCGUCAAGUUCUCUUGAGACCUAAAGCAUCAGUUGUAUUGACUACCAGCGAAGAAGAAGUGGAAAAUUCUAUUGUUCACAAUAAAUGAUUACUUAUACCUUACCUAUUUCUUACGCAUGUGCCUGACUGAAUUUGGCAUCAUUUUGCUCACCUGUUAUGUAAAUUUUACAACUGUUUUUUUAUUGUAAAUUAUAAAUUCCGCUCUUGACUCUUAUUACCUUAAGCUACUCAAUAAAUUAUAUAGAAACAGAUA